CAAAGAAUAUUUGAUGCACCCACUCCCUCACUCCUUCAACCCUAACUAUAACCCCUCCUCCAAGCUCCAAGGGUAGGUAGCCCUAAUAACAGGGGGUGACUCAGGCAUAGGGAGGGCAGUGUCCUACUAUUUCACAUUAGAGGGUGCAACUGUGGCCUUUACAUAUGUUAAAGGGCAGGAGGUUGAGGACAAGGACCAAACUCUCAAGAUAUUACAUGGAAUUAAGGCACAGGGAGCAAAAGACCCAAUUGCCCUUCCCACUGAUGUUGGGUUUGAAGAGAACUGCAAACAGGUUGUUGACCAAGUUGUUUGCUUCGAGGCACAUGAAGGAAGGGAGCUGCAUCAUAAACACAGCAUCACUUGCAGCAUAUCAAGGGAAUCAAAACCUGUUGGACUACAGCUCAACCAAGGGAGCCAUUGUCGCGUUCACGAGGAGCUUGUCGCAGCAACUUAUAAGCCGAGGAAUACGCGUGAACGCGGUGGCCCCCGGUCCGGUCUGGACGCCGCUGCAACCGGCGUCCACGCCUGCGGAGAAGAUUGCACAGCUUGGAAGUGAAGUGCCCUUGGAUAGGGCAGAUGAGCCUUAUGAGAUUGCCCCUUCUUAUGUCUUCUUGGCUUCCAAUGAUUGUGCUUCCUACAUCACUGGCCAAGUUGUGCACCCUAAUGGUGGUUCCAUUGUGAAUGCUUGAUCAAGACACCCAAAAUAUUUUCUCCGUUUCUAAAUAAUCGUCUAUUAUAAUAUUAAAUAAACAUUAAAAUUUGAAUGAAUGUAGACAAACAUU